AUUGCCCCUAAACGUCACAAUUUGUUUAUCAGUGCGUCAAUUUGUGUUGGAACUUUACUUGAAAUUAUUUUAAUAUUAAAUGUAAUCAAAAGACUAAUUAUACACAAUGUCGGAACAAGACGAGACCUACUGUCGUCUGUGCGCCGAACCAACGCCAACGGACCAGCUUAUAUCGUCCGACGGAGAUGUGGGAAAAAAUUCUAAAAUUUGCACCAAAAUGCUGUGGAUAAAUAUUGAUAUGAAUAGUCCAUUGCCGAAUGCUAUAUGUUUCUCUUGUUUCGACAUGCUGGAACGUACCUGGCAAUUUCUGCACAACGUUAGAACGGCCCAGCAAAAAUUGAACGAGAUUUUCGCUAAGAAGUCCGAGGAUGCCACCGCCACUUCAACCAAGACUGAUAGCACUUUAGAUACUGGAAAACCUGUUAAUAAAGACUGGGAGGAGUUUCAAGACACAAAAUUGGAGGUAAAAGACGAGUCUCCUAUAGAUAAUUUACAGAUUAUAACAGUCGAUCCAAACUCCUUGAUGGACGUUGAUUUAAAUAUAAUCAAAACGGAACGCGAUAGUGAUGAUGAUGUAGAAGUAUUGGGUGACGGUUUCGAUUCAACAGACAGCGAUAUACCACUCCAGUUGUCCGUUAAAAAGAAAAAAUUGAAGAAAACCAAAAAGAGCUCGGAAAAAUUGGCUAAUCAAGAAAUAGACGAAGUAACAUUGAGUUGGGACAAUUAUAUGUGUCGUUGCGCAAACUGCGAUGCUCAGUGUAAGAAUAUGUCGUUGCUGAGAUUGCAUUCGUUGCAUAUACACUCGUGCUGCUGUGUCUUCAAAUGCUCGGAUUGCGGUAAAGCGAUCGGCAGCUUUAGAAAUUUUAUCAACCAUGUACGAGUACACAACAAAGUGUUGAGGUAUUAUUGUGAAUUCUGCAAUAAACGAUUCACACGAUCCGCUUACACCAAAAAACACCGUAACACCGUCCACCGAGAUGCGUAUCUAACAAUGUGUGGUAACUGUGGUGCAUCUUUUGAUACGCACGAACAGCUGAAAGACCAUAUACUAAUCUAUUCGAAGAGCUUAAAGAAACGAACUUUAAAACGAGAGAAUGGCGAAACGGAUCUAAGAUGCAAUCAUUGCAAUAAAGAAUUCAAGUCACGAAGCAAUUUAGUUCAACACAAGCUUGUACACACAGAACGAAGGAGAGACUUCUCAUGUCAUGUGUGCGGUAAAAUGUUUUACACAAAAGGCACUCUUGGUACGCACAUGAUGACACAUGAAGACACGAAGCCUUAUAAGUGUGAAUUCUGUCCAAUGGCAUUCCGUGCUCGUGGCAACUUGCAAUCACACGUAAGUUUACAUUCAGCAGCUAAACCCUUCGUCUGUGAGCAAUGCGGCAAGAGUUUUCGUGUGAAACGUCAUUUGAAGUCUCACUCCAUCGUUCACACAGACUUAAUGCCAUAUGAAUGCGAAUAUUGCCACAAAGCGUUCCGUUUCAAGACUCGUUUGAAUUUACACCUACGUCAGCACACUGGUGCGAAGCCGUACACUUGUAUUUACUGCCAACGAGACUUCACAAACGGUUCAAACUUCAAGAAACAUAUGAAGAGACGCCACAAUAUAGAUACGUCGAAAAAGAAAUAUAACAAUAUUGUUAAUGAAAAAAGUUUGGAUGGCAGUGACGAAGUUAAUAGUAAUCAGACAUAAUGAUAGAUGUAAGCCAUUCCAUAUUAAUUUACUCUUUUUUUUUACCAGGAAGACAUAUUUGAUUGCGCUGUACCCUCAGAUGUAAGCUUGGGUCAUAUGGAUACUUAUCUGGUAUCUAUAUAUCAAAAAAAAGGUCGUCACCCAUUGCAAUAUCUUCCAUACUAUACACUAUACAUACCAUCUGUUUUCGAAUAUGUUAAAAGUCUGUUAUGCAGUAUUUUCCAAAGGGAAACUUUGUACAAAAGUCGUUUUCUUGAGUACCUCUGUCCCAGUCGUGUUCCAACUGUAAAGCAGUUGUUUACAUGGCUGUGUUUCGGUUUGAAGGGUGGGAUAUGACAGUGAAUUUACAGGGUACUAAAUAAUAAUACCUGAGUCCUCAGGAAUGACAACGCAUGGGUAUCAUGAGCGAAACAGUAUACUCUGUUAUGUCCAUGGUACUGUUCAUAUCUAUAGGUGACGGUUACCACUUUCCAUCAGGUGUGCCAUCAAAUGAUUUGCCAUUGUAAAUUGCAAAAAGCAAACGUAAUACAAGUUCUGGUAAGUUUGAAAAUGAACAGCGCUUUUUAAUAGUCCACUUGUAUUUAUUAAUAAUUUUAUUCAAAUGGCUGAACACAUUUUAAUAGAAUCUUGUACAUAGGUAGACCAUGUCCCAGAUUAUCAAAUUAUUUUUAACAUUCUUGUCAGGAAGUUCGUUGAGUUUGUCCAGAGCCAAAUCCUUAAUUUAAGGGAAUUUUUACCAUGUAACUGGCAACUAAUAUAAUAUCUAAAUUCAUAUUUUUAUUAUUGUUGUUUUUCAAUGAAACUUAACGAAAUACUGAUCAAGUUUUGUUACAAUUAUCAUAGAAACACGUUCUAAAUUCAAAUUGAUCUUUACUCAAACAGAUUUGUUUACAAGCACUUUUAAAUCGUCACUUUUUUUUUAAAUCUACUGAAGGGUUCAAAGAGUUGUUAUCUGUUAAGAAGAGACCGCAAGAAACUCGACAGUUAUUUAUUUAAUUUAUUUAAAUUUAAUAUGGAAACAUGUAAUAUCUAGAACAUAUAAAUAAUAAAUACAUCCAUAACAUAUUUCAGUAAUGUUUCCACAAUAAACUUACACGUUAAAUAAACAGCGGGUCCACCAUGAUAUGAAAUUCCGAAAUUUCGGACUCAAUUUCGUGUUUUUGUUUAUACCAAAAUCGGACCAAUAAAUGGAGUUUGACAUUUCGUUCGUCAUACAUCCUAUCGUAAAAGUCCAAAAGAACGAUAUUUUAACAUUUUUAAUAUUUCCAAACGGCAUGUAUUGUGUAAUUUUAACAUCGAAUUUCUGUUUCGUUUGGCUCCGAAAUUUCGGAAAACAUUUUACGGUAGGCCCUCAGAAAAAAAAUUAUUUGUCCAUAGUCUCACUGAAUGUCAAACGUGACCAUAAUAAAUUCAUUUAUUACAAUAUAUGUUAUGGUCGAAUUUCGAUCGCUGACUGACCAUUAAUAUCUAUCUACUAUCUGUUGUCCCCGGAUUUACAUGCGUAACGUCUUGUUUCCCCCCCUAAUUUGGAUUCAAAACUCUUCACUUAGCGGAUGCUUACGUUAUAAAAUUUAAAAAUGUGUUCAACGAAAAAAAACGCCAUCAGUUGUGGCAAUACCAGUUAUUUUAGUUUGAAAACUAAACUACUAAACCGAUUUUGAUGAAAUUUCUAUACGACCAAUCUGUAAGUAUAUCCUUUCGGAUAAAAAAAGGAUUUUCCAAAUCGGUCCACAACUGACGGAGUUAUGAGGUGACAAACUUAAAAAGGUUACAAGCGUAUUAAGAAUCUCCUUUUUAAAUGCACGCUUCAAGGGGUCUAUUUUUUGAUGGGUGAAAAUAGUAUGGUAACCCCGCCUGCGCUAACGGGAUACUCUGGUGGAGCACCAGUGAAGGGUGAUAGAUGAGAAUGAAAACAGGCCAGUUAGCCCAUCAUGAUGAAUUCAUCAGGAAUUAACCAUGAUAGUAUAAAGGGGGAACCGCGAGGAGGUCGACCUGGUUGGUGGGUAUAUUGCUAGGAUUCUCAGUCUAAAUUACUAACAACCCCUUUCCCCCCAAACGCUCCAGGGGGUCGCCCCGCACUACACUUGGUUACUGGUCCGUAUUAGUUGAAAUUAUAAACGGUUAACUGUGCGUAUGUUAGUCGAAUCCCAUAUGAGGGCGCGGCUUGACCCCUCGCUAGUCACACUAGAAUGCUUACCUUAUUAUCAACCGACUUCCAAAAAGGAGAUUCACAAUUCAGUCGUAUUUUUUGUUUAUGUUUGUCACCUCAUAACUCCGUCAGUUGUGGACCGAUUUGGAAAAAAAUCUUUAUUUUAAAAGAACAUACUUGCAUAUUGGUGACAUAGUUUUUUUUUUUUUUUAUUUAAUUCACUAGUAGUUUUUAUUCACAUUGUCGCAUUCUUUACAAUAGAUAUUUACUCCCUUUAGUCCUGUAUAAAAAUAAAAAUGUAAAAACUUUUUUUUUAUACACAACUUAGAAGGGCAAACAAGCUGACGGCCCACCUGAUGGAAAGUGAUAACCGUCGCCUAUAGACGUGAGCAGUACCAUGGACAUAACAGAGUAUACUGUUUCGCCCAUGAUACCCCCCAUGCGUUGCCAUUCCUGAGGACUCGGGUGUUAUUCCUCUGUACCCUGUAAAUUCACUGCUAUAUCCCACCCUUCAAACCGAAAUACAGCCAUGCAAACAACUGCUUCACGGUUAAAACACGAAUGGGACAGAGGUACCCAAGCAAUCGACUUUUGUACAAAGUCUCCCUCUGUAAACUGCUCGUAGCAAAGCGAAAUCUACUUGCAGACACAAGAUUGUAAUUUCGUAAUAUUUUGAAUCUAAUCUGUCUACAUGAUCUCGUUGGUCCACGUGUCUUAUUCGUUUCACAAGUAUAUUUUGUAGUGAACUAAAUA